GGGGGGGGGGGGGCGGGGGGGGUCUCGCGCAGCAGCACCGCCCAGCGCCGCGCGCCGCAUGGAGCAGCCCCCGCAGGUCGGUUCUCGCUGAGGGGGGGGCAGUGACCCCCUCCCAACCCCCCCUCAUCCCUACACCCCCCCUAAACCCCCUCCUCGUGACACCCCCACCCCCCCCACCAUGGCGGGACCCUCCCCCACCCUGAGAAGCCUGCUGGUGACAGCUGUGCUGGUGACCUCGGCCAGUAAAGGGCUGAGCAGGGCGGCACUGCCCUUCGGGCUGGUGCGGCGGGAGCUGGCCUGCGAGGGGUACCCGCUGGAGCUGCGCUGCCCUGGCAGCGAUGUGGUGCUGGUGGAGAAUGCCAACUACGGCCGCACCGACGACAAGAUCUGCGACGCGGACCCCUUCCAGAUGGAGAACGUCCAAUGCUACCUGCCCCAGGCCUUCCGCAUCAUGGCACAAAGGUGCAACAACCGCACGCAGUGCGUCGUGGUCGCUGGCUCCGACGCCUUCCCCGACCCCUGCCCCGGGACCUACAAGUACCUGGAGGUGCAGUACGACUGCGUGCCCUACAUAGAAGUGGAACAAAAAGUCUUCGUCUGCCCGGGGGUCCUGCAGCGCAUCUCCGGCGCCACCUCCAGCCACGAGUCUCAGCACCAAUCCGGCUCCUGGUGCCGGGACCCGCUGCAGGCUGGGGACCGCCUCUACGUCAUGCCCUGGGUGCCCUACCGCAGCGACACCCUCACCGAGUACGCCACCUGGGACGACUUCGUGGGCGGGCGGCACACGACCACCUUCCGCCUGCCCAACCGCGUGGACGGCACCGGCUUCGUGGUCUACGACGGAGCUGUCUUCUACAACAAGGAGCGCACCAGGAACAUCGUCAAGUUUGACCUCCGCACGCGCAUCAAGAGCGGCGAGACCGUGGUGGGGGCUGCCAACUACCACGACACCUCCCCGUACCGCUGGGGCGGCAAGACCGACAUCGACCUGGCGGUGGACGAGGAGGGCCUCUGGGUCAUCUACGCCACGGAGGGCAACGGGGGCAGGCUGGUGGUCAGCCAGCUGAACCCCUACACGCUGCGCUUCGAGGGCACCUGGGAGACCUCCUACGACAAGCGCGCGGCCUCCAACGCCUUCAUGGUCUGCGGCGUCCUCUACGUCCUGCGCAGCGUCUACGUGGACGACGACAGCGAAGCCGCCGGCAACAGCCUGGCAUACGCCUACGACACCCGUGCCAGGAGAGGCCUGCCCCUCGAGAUGCCCUUCCCCAACCCCUACCAGUACAUCUCCUCCGUGGGCUACAACCCCCGCGACAACCAACUCUACGUCUGGAACAACCACUUCGUGCUGCGCUACGGCCUCGAGUUCGCCCCACCCGAGCCCGGCAGUGGUGUGGUGACCACUCCAGCCCCCAGCGCGCCCCCCCCUCAUCCCACCUCCCCCCGCACUUCCGCUGCCCCCUCCCCAACCCCCACGGCAAAAAGAGGGGGAGGUUCCUUUACUCCCCGCCCAGGACCACCCCCUCCAGGACCCCCCCAGCAGGGUGCUCCGGGACCUGCUCACAGUGCAGCCACACCGGGGGGCUCCCCGGGACCCCCACCCUUAAAUCCGGGGGUUUUUGGGGUCCCUCCCCCUCCAGUUUCCUCCCGAAGACCCCCGGGAGGGUCGGGGGGGGGGCCCGGGGGGAGCCCUGCGCGGCUGUGCGAGGCCAGGGAGGUGCGAAGGGUGCAGUGGCCUGCAGCACAGCAGGGGGUGGUGGUGGAGAGACCCUGCCCCAAGGGCACCCGAGGCAUUGCCUCCUUCCAGUGCCUGUUGGGCCUGGGGGUCUGGAACCCUCGGGGGCCUGACCUCAGCAACUGCACCAGCCCCUGGGUCAACCAAGUGGCCCAGAAGAUCAAGAGCGGGGAGAACGCUGCCAACAUCGCGGUGGAGCUGGCGCGGCACACGCGGGGCCCGGUGUACGCGGGGGACGUCAGCUCCGCCGUGCGCCUGCUGGAGCAGCUGCUGGACAUCCUGGACGCGCAGCUGCAGGCGCUGCGGCCCGUGGAGAGGGAGUCCGCGGGCAAGAACUACAACAAGAUGCACAAACGAGAGCGAACCUGCAAAGAUUACAUCAAGGCCGUGGUGGAGGCUGUGGACAACCUCCUGCGUCCAGAGGCUUUGGAGUCCUGGCGGGACAUGAACGGCUCGGAACAGGCUCACACAGCCACGAUGCUAUUGGACGUGCUGGAGGAGGGAGCCUUCCUAUUGGCUGACAAUGUCAAAGAGCCCGCCCGCUUCCUGGCCGCCCGCCAGAACCUGGUGCUGGAGGUGACAGUGCUGAGCACGGAGGGGCAGGUCCAGGAGCUGAGCUUCCCGCAGGAGUUCGGGGGGGGGGAAGGCUCCAUCCAGCUCUCCGCCAACACCCUCAAGCAGAACAGCCGUAACGGGGUGGUCAAGGUGGUCUUCAUCCUCUACAACAACCUGGGGCUGUUCCUGUCCACGGAGAACGCCACCGUGCGGCUGGGCGGGGGCAGUGCAGGCAGCACCGAAUCGGGGGGGGGGGCUGCUUCCCCUCCCCGCCCCCCCCCCCCUUUGGUGGUCAACUCCCAGGUGAUUGCUGCCUCCAUCAACAAAGAGUCCAGCAGGGUCUUCCUCAUCGACCCAGUGGUCUUCACCUUGCCCCACCUGCAGGCCAAGAACCACUUCAACGCCAACUGCUCCUUCUGGAACUACUCGGAGCGCUCCAUGACUGGGCACUGGUCCACUCAGGGCUGCCGCCUGCUGGCCACCAACGGCACCCACACCUCCUGUGCCUGCAGCCACCUCACCAACUUCGCCGUGCUCAUGGCGCACCGCGAGAGCUACCCAGGGCGGCUGAACGAGGUGCUGCUGUCAGUCAUCUCCUGGGUGGGCAUCGUGGUGGCCUUGGUGUGCCUGGGGGUGUCGAUCUCGGCGCUGUGCUGCCUGCGGGGGCUGCCCUCCGACCGUGCCACCAUCCACAAGAACCUCUGCAUCAGCCUCUUCCUGGCAGAGCUCAUCUUCCUCGUGGGCAUCGACAAGACACAGUACCAGGUGGCCUGCCCGAUCCUGGCCGGGCUCCUGCACUACUUCUUCCUGGCCUCCUUCUGCUGGCUGUGCCUGGAGGGAGUCCAUCUCUACCUGCUGCUGCUGGAGGCCUUCGGGGCCGAGCUCUGGCGCCCGAGGCUCUACUACGCCGCCGGCUACUGCCUGCCCGCGCUGCUCGUGGCCGGCGCCGCCGCCGUGGACCACCGAGGCUAUGGCACCGAGCGGGCGUGCUGGCUGCGAGUGGACAACCACUUCCUGUGGAGCUUCGUGGGGCCUGUGGCUGUCGUCAUCCUGGUGACUUUGGUGUUCCUGCUGGUGACACUGCACAAGAUGCUGCGGAGCUCAACCGCACUGAAACCUGACUGCAGCCGCCUGGAUGGCAUCCGCUCCUGGGCCCUGGGGGCCAUUGCGCUGCUGCUGCUGCUGGGCCUGACCUGGGCCUUCGGCCUCCUCUUCGUCACGCGCGAGUCGGUGCUGACAGCUUCGCUCUUCACCGCCUGCAACGCCCUGCAGGGAGCCUUCAUCUUCGUCUUCCACUGCGCCCUGCAGAAGAAGGUGCACCGGGAGCUGGGGAAGUGCCUUCGGCACAGCUCCUGCUGCCUGCGCAGCCCCCCCGGGCCCCCCCUGGGCAGCCUCAAGACCUCUGCCAUGAGGAGCAACCCAAGAUACUACACACAGAGCCGGAUCCGGAGGAUGUGGAACGACACAGUCAGGAAGCAAACUGAGUCCAGCUUCAUGGGGGGGGACCUCAACAGCACCCCCACGCUCAACAGAGGGACCAUGGGCAACCACCUCCUGCCCAAUCCUGUGCUGCAGCCGCGGGGGGGGUCCAGCCCCUACAACACCCUGAUUGGGGAGGGGGGGGGCUUCACCCCAGCCUCCCCCCCCGCCUUCACCUCCCCAGGGAGCUUCCGAGAGAGCAAGCCCCCCCCGGAGCCCCUCCCCCUCAACGGCAACUUCAACAACAGCUACAGCCUGCGGGGGGGGGCAGGGAUUGAAGGCGGCCUGGGGGGGGGUCCCCCCAAUCGGGGGGGUCCUCCCCCACCUCCCCCGCCCCUGGAGGGCCCCCGCCGAGGGCCCCCCCCCGGACGCAGCCGCCCUGGAGAAAAUGAUCAUCUCCGAGCUCGUGCACAACAACCUGCGCGGGGGCGGGGGGGGCGCGGGGGGGGGCUCUCACCCCCCUCCCCCGCCCCCUCCUCCGCCUCCCCCCUCAGAUCCCCCUCCCGAGCUCGGGCUCCUCUACCAGGAGCUCACCCGGGCCGGUGGGGGGGGCGGGGGGGGGCUGGGAGCCCACCCGGACCCCCCCCGUGGCGCGGGGGUGGGGGGCGGGGGACACCACCCGCAUCACCCCCCCCCACCACCCCCACCCUGCCGCUCCCCCUCCCCCGCCGCUGCCCCCCCCCCAAACCCGAGACUCCUCCUCCUGCCCCGACAGCAGCCCCGAGGCCCCCACCCCGCCCCCGCCCCCCCCCCCCCGCACCCCCGUACCUGGGGGGCCCCCCCCGGCUCCUCGGGGGCGUCUUCGGGGGGGGCGCGGACAGGGAGGGGCCGGGGGGAGGCGAGGCGGAUGGGCAGAUGCAGCUCGUGACCAGCCUCUGAGGGGGGGCGCAGCCGGUCCCCUGCCCCCCAACACUGCCCUGCGCCCCCCAGCCCCCCGGGGGGUGCCACAGGAGCCCCUCCCCCCCACGGACCCCCUCCCCCGGCAGCCCCCCCAAAAGCCCCCCCUGAGGGGGAAGGAAGAGCCCCCAGGGGCAGGAGGGGCUGGGGGCACGGAGGGGGGCAGGGGGAAGCAGCUGGGCGCCAGGACCCCCCCCGGCGCCAGGACCCCCCGGCCCGGGCACCGCCGGCACCAGGAGCUGCUGCCCACGCACCGGGAGCCAGCCGCGGGCGGGGGGGGCACAGACACGCCCCGGCCCCCCCGCGCCGCGCCGGGCCCAGGCCCCAGCUGCGAUCUGCCUUUGCACGGGACUCAGCCUCGCACGAGGACAGAGCUUUGCACGAGGACCACCCCCCCCCCCCCCCCGACAGCUGCACAAGGAGCCCCCCCCGCGCCCCCCCCCGCAGCGCACCAGGACUGGGCCUUGCACGAGGCCUCCCCCCCUCACACGAGGCUGUGCACGAGGACUGCCUCGCACGAGGGCUCCUCCCCCCCCAUCAACCUCCCCCCCGCCCCGAGGCUCUUUGUGCCCCCUCCCCUCCCCCCAGGACAUUGCGGAGGGGACAGGAUGGGGGGGGGGGAAGGGGGAGGGGAUCCUUGUGCCCCCCCCCAAAAACCAAACCCGGGAGGGGUGGGGAGGGGCGGGAGGGGGUCACACCUGGGUGGGGAGGGGGUCCCGCAGUGGAACUGUUGGUGGGGGGCUUGGGGUCUCCCUUUAUCUUUGGGGGGGGUCCCCACUUAAAGCCAUCCAAGGGAGUGGCCCCCCCCCGCACCCCCCCCCAGUAUCUUUGGCAGCACCAAGCUGGGGGUGAGGAUGAGGAGAGGAGGAGAGGGGAGGGGGGAAAGGGGGGGUAAAAUUUGGGGGGACUCCCUCUAAACCCCCCCACCCCCCCCCCCGGCUGACAUUUUUGUUGCCAAAAAAUCCCCCCCCCGAAAGACACAAUUGUAAUAUAGCUGUAAAUGGACCCCCCAAACAUCCCUGCCCCCCCCCCAUUUACCCCCCCCCAGAAGCACAAACCCAGCCCCCACCCCCCCCCCCAAAAAUUCAACCCUGGGGGGGGCAUGGGGGAUGGGGAAUUGGAGGGGGUCUGGGGGUCUCGCCACGUUGUAAAUAGGGAUGGGGGAGACCCCCCCCGGGAAUGACCCCCCCAAAAGUAAUGAGGGGGAAGGGAGGGGGGGGCAGCAGGGGGACCUCCCCCGCACAUAGCUCUCUUCUCCCUCCCCCUUCUAAAACUUGGGGACCCCCCCUAGAAUCUGGGACCCCUCCCCAAAGUAUAGGAUGCCCCUCCCCAAAAUUCGUCGGGGGGCAUGGAAUUUGGGGGACCCCCCCUCAGUAUAUAGAGGCCCCCCCUCGCAAUUUGGGGACCCCCCUCUAGGAUGUUGGGGACCCCCCCUCAUCAUCUGGGGGCCCCUCCCCAGAUAUUGAGGACCCCCCCUAGAUUUCAGGGACCCCCUCCCAUAUUUUGGGGACCACCUAAAUUCUUCCCCCCCCCGAUUUUUGGGGCCCCCCCUUAAAUUUGAGGGCCACACCCAGGGGAGGCCUACCCCAAUUUUUUGGGGUCCCCCUCCCCCCUUCCUCAUUUCUGGGGGGGACUUCCCCUCCCCCCAUCCCAGCCCCUAUUUGGGGACCCCCAAAUUUGGGGGGGGUUAGGAAGAGGAUUCCCCUUCCCCCCCCAAGAUGUUGGGGUCCCCUCCCCCCCCCCCGCGGUUUUGGGGGGGUCCUUUCCCCUCUCCCUCCCCCUCCCUCCCCCUUUAUUUCUGCCAAACCAACUUUGGGUCGAGGAGGACACAGCGGCCACAGGGGGCGCCAUGGGGUCACCGUGGGGUCACCGUGGGGUCACUGAGGUCACCAUGGGGCCACUGAGGUCACCGUGGGGUCACCAUGGGGUCACUGAGGUCACCAUGGGGCUGCUAAGGGUCACCGUGGGGUCACUAAGGGAUCACCAAGGUCACCAUGGGGCCACUGAGGUCACUGUGGGGUCACUGAGGUCACCAAGGGCCACUAAGGGUCACCAUGGGGCCAGCAAGGUCACCAUGGGGUCGCCAAGGGCCACUGACAUCAUCAUUGGGCCACCAAGGUCAGUGUGGGGUCGCCAUGGGGUCACCAAAGUCACCAUGGGGUCACCAUGGGGUCACUGAGGUCACCAUGGGGCUGCUAAAAGUCACCAUGAGGCCACCAAGGUCAGCGUGGGGUCACCGUGGGGUCACUGAGGUCACCAUGGGGCUGCUAAGGGUCACCAUGAGGCCACCAAGGUCAGCGUGGGGUCACCGUGGGGCCACCAAGGGCCACCGAGGUCAGCGUGGGGUCAGCAGGGUCAGCCCAGGGCCGUCAGUGUCACCAUGGAUCCAGCACCACAGGAAGUCAGGGGACAGACAGGGCCACCAAAGGUCACCAUGGGGCCACCAAGGGUGACCGUGGGGUCACCGUGGGGCCACCAAGGGAAGGGUCCAGGGGACAGUCAGGGCCACCAAGGUCACUGGGAGGACAGCCAGGACCACCAUGGGGCCCCCCCGGGAAGAGCCAAGGGGACCACCGGGGCCACUGCCAGGGCACUGCCAGGCCACCAAGGGACAAUCAGGGCCAGCAAGGCCACCGGAGGGCGUGGCCAGGGCCAGCAUGGGACAGCAGAAGGCAGGGAAGGUCACCACGGGGUCAAGGUCACCGUGGGGUCAAGGUCACCGUGGGGUCAAGGUUACCGCGGGGUCACCAUGGGGACAGUGGAGGAGAGGAACCAAUAAAGGUGACACAGAUCUUG